AUGGCUCGUACCAGCGAUGCGCACGCGACGUCGACGUCCAGGGAUGACAGGCAGGACCACCACAAUGACCUGACCGAGUCCAUGGAGAAACUCAGGAUCAACAAAACAUCUCCCUCUGCGAAGACCGCUCGUCCUGGCCGUCCUGGCCCUGUCAAUUCCGCUGCGAUGAAUCCCCUCGCCGAAAAUCUGCCCAAUACCCCCCGACCAGGCAGCGCCAUGCGAACCCCCCUUCGCAGCGCUUCAGCUGCCGUCAAGGAGCCACACUCGCGAUCGGGAACACCUACGCUGGUACGGAAAGCGUCCAUGACCUCUCUGCACUCGGUUGCAACCACGGCAACUACCCACGGCCCGUCGCGCCGCGCGAGCAUCGCCCAUAUCUCGUCGGUGGCCAAAUCUCGGUCGGGCACGUCGCCGUUGAGAGACAUCUCGCCCGAGCCCAUCAUCAUUCCCACUCCGCAUUCCGUCGCAAGCGCCCACUUCAAGGCUGAGCUCGACAUCCACCAUGGGCCCGAGCCGACUCGUCGCGUCGAGACCGUCGUCAUCCUGCAGGACGCCUGCUACGGCCAUCGCUACUCGCGCCCCCGUGCAUCCAAGUCGCUCCUCAGCACCAUCGUUGAGCGCCCAGAGCGCAUCAAGGCCUGCAUCCUCGGUAUCGCCGCUGCUUACGUUCGGUUGGGCGAGCGGCACCAGGAUGGUGCAUUCCCCAUUCACCCCGAUAGCGAUCCUGCCACGCUGCCCACGAUUCCGUUCCGUAUCCAGAAGUCGUUCCGUCGAGUGCCCCUGACCUCGCAGGUUGUGACAAACGUACACGGUGUCAAGUGGAUGGAGGAGCUCAGGCAUAUGUGUGAUACGGCAGAGACGAAGCUGGCAUCGGGAGGCAAAGAACUGGAGCGACCCGACAUGGACCGCGGCCCGAACGCUGGAGAGCCGCAGGCAUUUCAUGAGGGAGAUUUGUACCUGUGUGAGGACUCUCGGGACGCUCUGGAAGGUGCCCUUGGCGGCGUCUGCGAUGCUGUCGAUAUCGUCUUCAAUCCUCACGGCCCGCAGCGUGCUUUCGUCGCCAUCCGGCCGCCAGGCCACCACUGCUCCGCGUCACAUCCGUCGGGCUUCUGCUGGAUCAACAACGUGCAUGUCGGCAUCAUGCAUGCUAUCCUGGCCCAUGGCCUGACCCACGCUGCCAUCAUCGACUUCGACCUGCACCAUGGUGACGGCUCACAGGCUAUUGCCUGGCAACACAACACACGGACCAUCAAUUCCGCUAAGAACGCGGCGCUGUGGAAGAAGACGUCCAUCGGCUACUUCAGUUUGCACGACAUCAAUUCGUUUCCGUGCGAGACGGGCGAUGAGGAGAAGGUUAGGAACGCCAGCAUCUGCAUCGACAACGCGCACGGUCAGACCGUUUGGAAUGUGCACUUGGAGCCGUGGAAGACCGAGUCCGACUUCUGGACCAUCUACAACACCAAAUAUUCUGCUCUACUUGAGCGUGCGCGCGGCUACCUUAAGGCUCAGACCGAGAAGCUUCGCGCAGCCGGGCUCAACUCCAAAGCUGCCAUCUUCAUCUCAGCCGGCUUUGAUGCCAGCCAGUGGGAGGACCCUGGCAUGCAGCGCCAUAACGUCAACGUGCCCACGGAUUUCUAUGCCAAGUUUACCCGCGACAUCGUCCGCAUCGCCGCUGAGGAGGGCACCAGCGUUGAGGGCCGCAUUAUCAGCGUCCUCGAGGGCGGCUACAGCGACCGGGCCCUCUGCUCCGGCGUUUUUGCCCAUCUCUGCGGCUUGGCCGGUGACGGAGCCAGUAACGAGCCUCGUUCUCGUCCCGCCAGCGUCGAUUUCUCGCAGUUGCCGCAAGGAACCCCCGUCCCAACUUCUAUGCCGCUGCGAGGACGUAAGGACUCCUCAGCUAGCGAGCGCGGAUCCCGUCGGUACGAGCCCUCGUGGUGGUCUGCCGCCGAGUUGGAGCGUCUCGAGGUCACCGUGGCCACACCAGCUCCUCAGCCCCGCGUCAUUCGUAACAUCACCCCGCCGACAUACUCGUCCCCGACGCAAGCGUCUAUCGCGAAAGCCAAGGCCCCGCCACGUUUCCCUUCGGCUGGUCUUGCUUCCAACGGCGCCGAAAUCCGUUCGCUUCCCCCCUCCUCGCCAUGCCUAGACAUUCCUUGGACCAUCGCCACGCACGAGCUCAGCAAGCUCCUCAUCCCGACUGAUCGGCAGACCAAUAGCUGCACCGCCGAAGAGCUUAAUGCUGAAGCGACGAGGCUGCGCCGUGAGAGACAGAUCGCCCUUGGCACGCUUGCUCCUCCGCCGCAGCCUGCUGUGCCGCCGACUGUGCCUGAAGAGGGCCGAGCACCGACACGGACGGGCUUGCGGGAGAGGAAGCCAAAGGUUGCUGAGGAUGCUAUUGGUGGUGAUGUGGAGUCCAAGUCAAGGAGGCAGACGGUAUCUGGGGCAGGAGAUUUGUCAGGGAAGAUGAUGAGAGCGACUAGUCGCCGGCUUAGUGCGGCAUCGGCUGUUGCGUCGUCGUCGGAGGUACCUGCCAGGCCACCGUCGUCGGGGAGUGUUAGUGUCGCAGGUUCCAACGGACUGACGGUUAAGAAGACGAGGUCAACGGCCACACUGAGGAAAGAACCUUCGGUGGCAUCGCUGAAGAAGGAUUCUACUGCAAGCACGACGGCUGCUCGGACAACAAUCAAGGUGAAAAAAACUCCCGCUGUUAACGGUACCACAUCUGAUAAGAAAGACGGUGGCGAGGAAGUCGACAAGAUCGCCGGUGAUAUGAAGAGAAUCAAAAUCACCGUCAUCCAAAAGGCCCAGAAGGAUGCCCGCGAGCGGGAGCGCCUUGUCCGCGAGAAGCUUGCCCAAGCUCAAGGCCAGCGUAUGGAUGUCCCAGCCUCCGAAUCGAUUGCGGAAGAGGAGGAGGAGGAGCAAGCAUCUACUCCACAGGCUCAAGCCCCACCUGCUCAACCACUCCCCUCCCCGACGCCAUCCCUCUCUCUCUCACCGUGCUCCCUCGCACCGGGGCAGACCCAGUCUUUCCUGUACCAGCAGCAGCAGGUCAUUCAUGACCAGCCGUCCCAGGUGCAGACCCAAGAACCGGGUCUCGCAUCCCCUCCCACAAGCGCCCCGCGUACGGUCCCGUCCUCGCCAGCCAGCAGCGUCGAGCCUGCCUGUAGUGCCUCUAUCUCCCCUGGCACGGAUGGGCAGCCGAAGAGGAAUAAGCUUCCUGACUGGCCGCCCAAGCCGCUUAAUCAGCAGGCUUCGUUGCCGCCGAAACCCCAGCCAAUGCCGAUUAAGAGGGAGAAUUUGCCGAUUUUCUCAAGUAAGGGGCAUAUCCCUUUUGCGCCGAGGCCUGAGGAGCAGAAGUAA